AUGAACCGCCCUUUGCUAACCAACCUCCCCACAGUGUUUCUAGGCCCCAACGCUCCCGUCGGACACGGAUCAGUCUUACCCAUCAUAGAACACAGCACAAAGUACAUCAUCAGCAUGAUGAAGAAGAUCCAAGCCCAAGACAUCAAAGCGGUGGCACCAAAGGAAGAAGCCGUAAAGGACUUCAGCGAGCACAUCCACGAGUUGAUGAAGCGUACCGCCUGGGCGACCCCUUGCCGAAGCUGGUUCAAGAGGGGAACCAUCGACGGUCCGAUCGUCGCACUUCAUCCUGGGAGCAGGAUUCACUGGUUCCACAUGCUGCAGAAUGUUCGGUUUGAGGAUUGGGAGUAUCGGUAUUUCACCAAGAAUAGGUUCCAGUACCUUGGGAAUGGGUUUUCUACGAAGGAAGGGCCCGGGAAGGAUACGACGUGGUAUUUUGAUAAUUCUGAGGAGGGGUAUACUGAUUAUUGA